AUGUCAGGCGAUGAAGGCUCUUCCUCAAAUCAAAAACCAUAUGGCAUGGUCAAUAUCAAGACUCAUGUCCCCAUUAUUCUUGAUUUCAAUGAACUUAAUUACGAUGCUUGGAGGGAAUUGUUUGAGACCCAUUGUCGAGGAUACCGUGUGCUAGGAUUUCUCACAGGAACCUCAACACCCAAGUCUGAUAAAGAUGAAGAAUGGUACACACUUGACUCUAUUGUAAAAUCAUGGAUCUAUGCAACUCUUACUCAAUCUCUACUCACAUCCAUAGUCAAGAAGAACUCCACCGCUCACUCCGUCUGGCAAUCUCUUGAAGAUCUAGUUCGUGAAAACAAGGAUACACAUGCUAUUGAACUUGAAAACGUUCGGUUCACAACACAGUGUGACCUUUCUGUUGCUCAGUAUCGUCAAAAAAUGAAGGGCAUUUCGGACCUCUUAGCUAAUAUCGACAAUUCCAUACCCGAAAAUACCUUCGUUGCACAUCUUUUGAAUGGAUUAUCUCCACAGUAUGACAACAUAUACAUGCUCCUUCGCCACAAAGAUCCAUUACCCACUUAUAAUCAAACACGUUCCAAACUCAUUGUUGAAGAAACCCGACUCAAAACAAAUUGUCCUACUCAAGCAUCCCACUCGGAUCACUCAUCAUCUUCUACUGUGCUCUAUGCGGGACACAAUCAGCGAGCCCCAUCGCACUCCAACCGUGGCGGUCGUCGCCCCAACCAGCCACGCCGAGGAUGUAGCAAUUCCGAUCAGCGCCGCCAACAAACUUCUAGGUCUGGCCAUCAGCAUCACGAACAGGCCCUUCCUUGGUAUCAAUUUCCCAUGCCUUGGCAGCCCUUUCCAUGGCCUUACACACCAUAUUGGCCCCACUUCAGACCUGCUCCAGGAAACCCACACCAGUGUUGGUCCACUGGACAAGCCCAACAACAUUAG